GCAUUGGUGUUGUUGGUGGCGGAUUAAUAACCAGUCAUAAAAAGGUUGGAGGAGGAUUGUGUGUUGCGGGGAGGACGAGAGUGAAGGUACUGAUAGAAGACAGGAGUAAAAGGGAGGGAGUGUGUGAGAGAAAGAGAGAGAGAGAGGCGAGUAGAUAAAGCCCGAGCGGAGAUCAUGAGCUCUGCACUGCCUUACGAUUCUCUGUCCGCCCGACCGAGUCCCAGCAGAAGAGCCUUGGACUGGGAGCGGGAGCAGCUAGCCGUGCGACGACUGUCCUCUCCGCGGGCUCUCGAUCUGCUCACUCCUCCUCCUCUUCCUCGGCGACCCUCUGCCAUCCCUGGCUACUUGCUAACCCCAUACCAAGAGCAAGAGGAGCAGCUCCACCAGCAGCACCAGCGUCUAUCCCUGUCCGUGUGCUCAGAGGCAUCCCUGGCGCCCCCUGCACCUCCACCUGUGGGGGUUUCCCCACCCUGCUGCCGCCCAGUGGGAGUUAUGCACCUCCUGCGCCUGGGUCUCCUGGCCUUCAGCUGCCUCUUCUGGGCAGCGGGCUUGGCACUCUUCACCCUGGGUGUUUGGGCUCAAAUUUCCCUGGCGGACUACAUGCUGCUGUCUGCUAACCGCUACCCCAACGCCCCACUCAUCCUUCUGUCCACAGGUGCCGCUGUCACCGCAUGGGGCUUCUUGGGUUGCCUGGGGGUGGCCGCAAACCUGCCCUGCGUGCUGAGAGCUUAUGGGUUCUUCCAACUUGCUGCACUUGUAGGCGGUUUGGCUGCUGGACUCUCGGGCCUUUUCUACCGUGAAGACAUUGCGGGAGGAUUUCGCAGCGGCUUGCAGCGGGCGGUGGCAGGCUACACCGAGGACGAAGGCCGUGCCGAUGCCCUAGACAGCUUGCAGAGGGCCUUGGAGUGUUGUGGAGCCGAGGGUUGGCGCGACUGGCUCACGUCGGACUGGGCGAUCCAACACAUGACCUUCCUCCCCGCUGAGAACGGCACCUCCGUGUCCCUACCCGAUAGCUGCUGUGUGAAGCGCAAGGGUUGCAAGAAUCGACCUCUUCUGUCAGACGACAACGAAGAAGUCGCUGCUGCCGGAAUCCAUCCACACGGCUGCUUCCGCAAAGUCUUCAGCUUGGUCAACGACAACGUUUUCCACAUUGCUGCAACCGUGCUGGGAUUAGCCUUCACGCAGAUCGGAGGCAUCGCCUUGGCUUGUCUACUGGCCAACAAACUAGCACCUAGACAGCAUCGACGUGUGGUGGCGCAUUAGCAGUAUAACUAAAAACAUACAGCUAGCAACUCCAGGGAUUGACCAAUUUCUAGACAAAUAUGAUUUGGAGUGAACAAUGUCGGUUGAGUGUAAUAGAGCUGUAAAGUGGGACGCGUUAUUUUACCGUCAUAUCUGUCUAAUGGCUCAUAUGUUCAUGAAAGUCUCCAUAAAAAAUCAGUUCUGUUACCAAUAUAGUAAGACAGUAAGAACGGUAAAAUUACAGAAAGUAAGCUUUAGCCUUUCCAACAUCAUUAAUGGGAGCAAAUGCUAACAUUAACCUGACAACCAGCACGUUUAUCAAUCACGUUACCUACCAUUUCUGGGUCAAUUUUGAAUUAAUUGCGUUCCCUUCUCACUUUGCAGUGGUAUUACACUCACUGAUUUUAGCUUGAAUUCAUAGUGUUGCAUAAUUUUGACAAGAUUAGAUAAAAUAUGAAUUAAGAUUUAAAUCUGUGUGCUACUUGUAAAGGGAUGGCAUGACAUCAAAAACAAGUUUUAUGGGGUAUGAAUAGCUUCAGAAAUGUUUAAAUGUGAAUUAGUAUGGUUCUCUAUGUAUAUAAUGUACAAAACAAUUAUUCUUAAUUUGACAUGAUCGUGUCAUUUGAUCCUCGGACUUUUCCUCCUUUAGUACAUCUCAGCUCUGAAAUACCAGGAAUGUUCACCAGCAGUUUCCAUGUAGAUUAUUUAGUCUGGCUGUGUUCAACAGAUGUUUGUAUCUACACCAUUUAGCCUCCCCAUAACAAAGACCACACUGUGCGAGAAUGGUGCUUCUUGAAAAGCUUUUGAAAAGAGCUGAAUAUUUUACCUUCUGGUGUUUUGUGCUGUUUAUACUCACUGACUGUGUCGAGGGCUUUGGCCAGAGAUGUCACAAGAUAACGGCUGCCGUCUAACUGUUUCUUCCAGAUGUUACUGUGUUGUUAGUUGUUCUAAAGCUUACUGUUAAAAUUUACGAGUAACACCUUUGAAAAUGUUGAGCUGUAUUGCAUGACCCAGAUCAUGCAGCGCCCGUUAUUAGCAUGAAACUAUAAGACGUUGGGUUCAGAUAUGCAUUUUUCUUGCUCUUCAGCUUCAGUAAAUAAAUUGUUCUUAUUGAUAAUUUGAUUAAAUGAUCGGCAGCACUCUUAUUAAUGUAUGCUAAUUAUGAACCAGACGCUAGUUCGCUUAGCUUAGCACAAUCAGGGAAAAACAACUUGGCUAGUUAUGCCUUUUAUUUAUGUUCAAUACAUUCAAGCUGUUUGCCCUUGCUUGCAGUGUUUAUGCUAGGCUAUGCUAAUAGGCAGUUGGCUAGCUUAGCAACAUUUUCACAAGUUAAGAGUCUGGUAUUGAUCUUUUUAUGUAAGUUGCAGGAAUAAAAUUCUUCAGUGAAGCCGAGACAGCUAAAUAGCUAGCUGUUUGCCCUUGUUUGCAGUAUAUGUGCUAAGCUAUGCUAAUAGACAGCUGGCUAGCUUAGCUACAUUUUUGCAAGUUAAAAGUGUGAUAUUAUCUUUAUUGAUCUUUGAGUAUCAGCAAGAUGUCAUUUUCAUAUAAAUGUGAAAGUGUUUUUAUCUCAUGUCUCAUGUUAUUAUACAUGUUUUUGCUCCAUAUGUACAGAAAUGUUAGCAACAGUUCCUCUAGCCGUCCUUCCAGCUUCACCAUCACAAAUCCUGCCUUUCCUAUUUGCGCCAAAUCACAGCUUACAGUAAUGUAUAAUACAAAUACCAACAGUGCAAACAAGCAUGACUGAGACUGUAAACUGUAUAUGUCAACAAUAACCAAAAAUCUUUGCCUCAUUACAGGAUACGGUAUUGAUCAGGCAACGCCAAUGUCAAGGACUGCUGCCUUUGGAUGUUUUAAACUAAUGAAGUGAGAUUGCGUUCUUGUAAUGCAGUGCUGAUGUAGAUAAACACCAAAACAACAUGCAGUGAGUAACAGAAAUGUCAAAUAAAUAUCUUGUGAAGCACUUUGCCGUUUUUUAUUGGACUGUGUUUCGCUCCCUUUUGAAAUAAUGUCCAUCCUUUAAAGAAGCGGGUCUAAACCUUCUGCUGCAUUUAAAAAAAAAAAAAAAAAACUUUAGAAGCAGCUCUCCAUCUUUAUUUUAUGAGAUCAGCCAUAAUGGAAAUGUUCCAGAGUGGUAAAUUCUUAUUGCUGGGGUGGUCGAUCCUCACUGAGACCUCUGGCUUGGCAAGUCUGAAUUAUGGCUAUUUGAAUGACAUCUCAUUUCUACCACACACCUGAGACGACUGUGAUUAGAUCUGCCCUUGAAGGAGGACAGUACACACAGCUGAGCGUCA